AGCUCCUUGCUGCGGUCGUUCUGCGCAGAAACCCCGUAGUGCCGCCCAGAAACAGCAGCGCCAUUCGGUAACUGCACCAGUAUCCAAAAUGGCAGGAGCUGAUGGAGACGACUCUCUUUACCCUAUCGCUGUCCUCAUUGACGAGCUGCGAAAUGAAGACGUCCAGUUACGACUGAACAGCAUCAAGAAGCUGUCUACUAUUGCUCUGGCUCUUGGCGUAGAGAGGACUCGCACUGAACUGCUUCCUUUCCUUACAGACACCAUCUAUGAUGAAGAUGAAGUACUUUUGGCAUUGGCAGAACAGCUUGGCAAUUUCACUAUGUUGGUGGGAGGGCCGGAGUAUGUCCACUGUCUUCUGCCUCCUUUGGAAAGCCUUGCUACAGUUGAAGAGACAGUAGUCCGAGACAAAGCUGUAGAAUCCCUGCGUAAGAUCUCACAGGAGCACUCUCCAGUUGACCUGGAAGUUCAUUUUGAGCCUCUGGUGAAACGGCUGGCCAGUGGUGACUGGUUCACCUCUCGCACAUCAGCUUGCGGCCUGUUUAGUGUGUGUUAUCCACGUGUCUCCAGCACGGUCAAGGCUGAAAUCCGGCAGCAUUUUCGCACCUUGUGUUCUGAUGACACUCCCAUGGUGCGUCGUGCUGCUGCAUCUAAACUGGGGGAAUUUGCAAAAGUUCUGGAGUUGGAAUAUGUAAAAACUGACAUUAUUCCUCUUUUCACUGCUCUGGCAUCAGAUGAGCAGGACUCUGUUCGGCUGCUUGCAGUGGAGGCGUGUGUCAGUAUUGCAACUCUCCUGCCUCAGGAGGACCUAGAGACAUUGGUGAUGCCAACCCUGCGUCAAGCUGCUGAAGAUAAGUCCUGGAGGGUUCGUUACAUGGUGGCGGACAAGUUCUCAGAGCUGCAAAAGGCUGUUGGUCCAGAGAUCACAAAGAAUGACCUGGUUCCAGCUUUCCAAAAUCUGCUCAAGGAUUGUGAGGCUGAGGUCCGCGCUGCUGCUGCCAACAAAGUCAAAGAGUUUUGUGAGAAUCUUCCAGAGGAUAAUCGUGAGCAGAUCAUAAUGAGUCACAUCCUGCCCUGCGUAAAGGAAUUGGUUUCCGACACCAACCAGCAUGUGAAGUCAGCCCUGGCCUCUGUCAUUAUGGGUCUCUCCACCAUCCUGGGCAAGGACAACACAAUAGAGCACUUACUGCCUCUCUUCCUGACUCAGCUUAAGGACGAGUGCCCAGAGGUACGUCUCAACAUUAUCUCCAACCUGGACUGUGUGAACGAGGUGAUCGGCAUACGUCAGCUGUCCCAGUCACUGCUGCCUGCUAUCGUAGAGCUGGCUGAAGAUGCAAAGUGGAGGGUCCGCCUGGCCAUCAUUGAGUACAUGCCUUUGUUGGCAGGACAGCUGGGGGUCGAGUUCUUUGAUGAGAAGCUAAACACCCUUUGUAUGGCCUGGCUCAUUGAUCAUGUGUACGCCAUCCGUGAAGCAGCCACCAGUAACCUCACUAAGCUGGUAGAGAAGUUUGGAGCUGAGUGGGCCCAGAACACGAUUGUCCCCAAAGUGCUGGGAAUGGCCAACGAUCCCAAUUACCUGCACAGGAUGACCACGCUAUUCUGCAUUAAUGCUUUGUCAGAGGCUUGCGGCCAGGAGAUCACCACCAAGCAGAUGCUCCCAGUGGUCCUGAAGAUGUCCAAUGACCAGGUGGCUAAUGUCCGCUUUAACGUGGCUAAGUCUCUUCAGAAGAUCGGCCCAGUCCUGGACAGCAGCGCUCUGCAGACGGAAGUGAAGCCAGUGCUGGAGAAGCUGGCCACUGACUCCGACAUGGACGUUAAAUACUUUGCCCAGGAGGCUAUUAGUGUUUUGGCACUAGCAUAACCAACCCACCACGGCUAAUCCCCCUGAAACAGAAAUACAUACAGGUUUAGAAGAUAUUUAUUGAUGUUCAGGAACAACUGGUUGAUGUAUAGAAAGCUGUUAACGAUUGUUUUAUCUACCCUCCUCAUUGUUUUUGUCUUGUUUUUUUACUGUCCAAUGACAGCCCGUGUCCGAGCUAGCAGAGGCCGCUUUGCUUUAAAUGGAGCUUUUAUCUAAAAAAAGCUAUGAUUCAAAUUACAUUAAGUGGUGCAUGCAGUAGUUGUCGCUAUCAAAGACGACCCCUUCACGGCGCACUGUCUGAGCUAGCUUUCUGUGCUGCUGCACCUUUUUCCAGAAGGAAACUUUUAUCUGCAGGUUAAAUUGGCUCCAUGAGGCUUAAGUUCUCCCCCUAUAAGAACAGUUGUUGCCUCUUAAAUGUUUAAAUCAAGCUUUUUCAUGACAUAUUGGGGUGUUUAUCGCUGAAGUAAUCAGAUGAACCUUCAGUGAUCGUGUUCCAUCUACCAGACUGAGGCUUCCUUCGCUCCGUUUAUUCCCUGCAGGGAACGCAGGGAAUAAACGGACUGAAUCGGCCAAACUACCAUUUUGCCUCUGCUCAGUGUUUAACAGGGACCAACCCACAUUUAGCAUGAUGCUAAUAGCGUCAUCUGUUUGUGUAUGCCUGGAUAACCUGCUUUUGCUUUUUCUUUACAGUAAUCUGUUAGUUGUUAUUGCAUGGUAAAACUAAUGUUGACAGCUUAAAUUCAUGCAGAGUCCUCCACUCGUUCUAAUGGAGAACAAAUGCAUGCUUUCAAAGGAAGUGGGUGGGGGAUAGCUGGAGCUGAUUUAUGUUUUAUUGGGGGGGUAGUUAUGGGGGGGCUGAAUAAACCGGGACUCUGUGUUCAUAAAAGCAACUUUUGUCUUUCUCUGAUCUGCUCCUCACCCCCCUCCUCUCAUUCUCUUCUCUUGAAUAAACCUUAAGUGUCAAUUGUUCUGUAUCACAGACUGUGCUCGGAUUUUUAUUUUAAAUCCUCUUCACAGUUGGGAAGUUGUACUACUGUAUCUUGAUCCAAAUAAAGUAACAAACAAGCUGUUUA